AUGCAAUGUCUGAAAGGGUUGGCCCAAAAGCACGACAUCUCUAUCAUAGCGUCCAUACAUCAGCCCAACACCGAUGUCCUCCACCUCUGCGACCGACUGUACGUACUGUCCAAAGGGGGUCACUGUGUGUAUUGGGGCCCUCCCGACAAACUGCCCCAACAUCUCAACUCAUGCGGCAUUACCUGUGAUGAGGAUCAGGUGCCCAUCGAAACACUCAUCACAAUCGCUUCCAAAGGUAUGAGUGAUCCAGUGGUUCAUGAAUUAAGAGCCAAAACCACAUCCCGGGCCAAACAGGAGGUACAGGAGGUGUUCAGUCAGACAGACGUCGCUCUAAUUCAACACAAGAAGAAGUGGUUUUCAUUUCAAGACAUUUAUCUCCUGUUGUGUCGGCAGUCGACUGAAGUAUAUUCAUAUCGUUGGCGACAGAUAUCGGCAAAGACUGUGCUAUUCAUCGGUAUUUCGUUAGCCUUCUCGCUGUCCGUCAACUCAUCGGUCGGCCGUUACGACGACUGCGUGUCGCUGACGACCUCCCUGUCCGCUGGGAAUGACACGAGUUGUCUACAGAUGGCCGACAGGGACUUCAUGGUCGACCAGAAUGUCAAUUAUCUGUUGAACACUUUGUGGACAUUCGCUGUACUCCAGAGUGUGGUAACGGUGUCCGAAAAGAUCAUCGCCCUUAAGAUCAUGGCUAAUGAACACCAGAAUAUGUGGUACAGCAGUGGUGUAUAUUUCGUAACCGAAACAUUGGCCGACUUGGUAUCGGUGACCAUGAAUGCCGGCGCCAGUGCGGCCAUACUGUUUUUUGUGUCUAACCAACCAAAUGAGCUUGGUGGUAAUCGACGAUUUCUAAAUUAUAUGCUCGCUUUCCAGCUUAAUCUCCACGGUUUCGACGCGUUCGCACAUUUAGUAUCCAUUAUUUUCUACAAAUACAAGUCCAUGUGUUUUAUGAUUGACCUUGUUUACACCAUAAUUACCGGAGUUAUUAAUAACGUAUUUAUGGACUUACACACAAUGCCAGCGUUUGUACGUAAACUGAGUGACCUAUCGGUGUUUAAGUUGACCACCGAUGCUGUUAUGAUCGCCAUAUAUGGUAUGGACAGGUGUCCCACCAAUUGGUUCUCGCAAUCACUUUUUCGGUCUCAUAUUAAAAACAAAGUGUCCGUUCGUAAUACUGUUGACACGAUUAUGAGUCCGGACGUCGACUGUCCCACAGAGUCGGCGCCGGUAUUGAGUAUCGCGUGGAUUGACAUGACUUUGAAAUCAAGACAAACGCUGUUUUCGUCCGAAAAGCUGAUUCUCCGGCGAAUCAAAGGUGUCGUAGAGUUUGGGUCAAUGACUGCACUCAUGGGUCCGUCCGGUGCGGGAAAGACAUCUCUACUGAAAGCACUGAAUGGUAUGAAUAGCCGUCUGAUGACCAAAGAGUCGGCCAUCCAUUUGAAUGUCGAGACGGGUGUCAGGACUUGCUUUAUAGCUCAGGACCAGAGGGAACACCUCAUGUCUGGACUGUCCGUAAAGCAGGCGUUGAUAUACGCGUCGAAACUGAAGAACGGGUCGUUUGAGGGACGGGUCGAUCACGAGAGCAAUGUAUGGCAACUGAUGGACGAGUUGGCCAUCUCUGACAUAUCGGCCAUUAAUGUGGAAAAGUGUAGUUCCGGUCAACAGAAGAGGAUAGUAAUGGCGAUGGAAAUGACGGCACAAUUGAAGCCAAACCUCAUUUGUGUCGACGAACCGACCUCUGGAGUCGACUCCUAUUCCGCUCUUUUGAUGAUCCAAUGUUUCAAACGCCUGUCCCAUAGGCACCGGCUGUCAAUCAUAACAUCCAUACAUCAGCCAAACGUUGAGAUCAUUGUGUUAUUCAAUAGACUCUAUAUAUUAGCCAAAGGAGGGCUAACCGUAUACUCCGGUCCCCCAUACGGUCUGAGACAACAUCUCAGCGAUUGUCACAUCCUUUGCACCGAAAAUCAAAUACCGAUUGAAGUGUUGAUGAAAAUUGCGGCCAUAGGUGUGGACAAUGAGGCCGUCAUUGAUAUGUCCGAUAAGACUACGAAAGAGAUGCAAGAAUACGACGAUAUGAUUGCCACUCAACUCAAACACUUUCCUAAAGGGAUUCCUAUUCAGCGGAAAGGGAUGUCUUUUGGCGAGUGUUGGCACCUAAUGGGCCGGGCGUUGACCAACACAUUGAGAUCCAACUGGAAGUUCAUUGGCGUCCAAGUGAUAGCUUAUGUAUCUUUGGGCGGAUUUUUUCGGGCCUUAUAUGACGAGCCCCUGGAUCGGGCGGUCGGGUGUCAGCCCCUGACGGCCGGACACUGCGAUCUCAGCGCCAAAGCCAUUGAAGACACGAAA